CUCCACUCAGGACCAAUACUAAACUUUUACCUCUUUUUUAUCGCGGCUGACAGCCUCUAAAUGUCAUCCUUUGCUGGAUGUGCGACCGACAGCCCUCCGCGCCCCCCGGUCUCCGACAGUGACCUCACCUGGCCGUGGGAGGGGUCACAUGGUUCGCACCAGUUAUGUAAGAGCCGGGCGCUCCCGCGGGGUGUAAAUGCGCAGCUCGUCCCGGUGUGUCACACUAACACUGCGUGUGCGCGCGCUGCGUUUCACCUGCUCCUGCGCACCCUCUGCAUGCGAUGCGCGAAGGAACUCCACGCGCGCAACCCUAACCCGGUGUUUUCACGCCGCCACGGGUGGAGUGGCGGAGGCGCGCGCGCCGGGCCCCGUCGUGCGCGCGCUGCAGUCCCGCGCUCCCGCGGCGCGCUGCGGCAGAAGGCGACCGCGCUCGGUCAGCCCGGUGGCGGGAUGGAGGGCUGCAGCCUCGCGCUGCUCGCCAAGGUCCUCGCGGUGGUCGCGCUCAGCCUCACGGCCGGACUCGUGCUGGACGCGCGGGACCCCUCGGACCUGCACCUCGUGGGCGGGUACCCCGAGCUGUGGAGAAAGGCCGGGCUGGCGGGGGCUCCGGCCCGCGCCGCCACCUGCAUCCUGGUCGGGGUGUCGCUGCUCGCCCUCGGCUGGCUCUAUCGGCUCCUGUUCGCGCCCCUGGAGUUGCUGCGCGCCCCCGACGACGUGGGCUACAUCACCGACGACGGGCGCUCCCGGGCGCGAGCCGCCAACGAGGUGCGCCGCAGGCGGAAGACCGGAGAUCUGCCCCCGAUCUACCCCAACGGGUGGUACCGGGUGGUGGACUCGCACAUGCUCGAGAGAGGGGAGGUGAAGAGCGUGUCUGUGCUCGGUGAGCAGGUGGCAGUCUUCCGAGGCCACGAUGGGAAGGCCUACGUGGUGGACGCCUACUGCCCCCACCUGGGGGCCAACCUCGCCGUGGGCGGCCGCGUGCUCGGGGGAUGCAUCGAGUGCCCCUUCCACGGCUGGCAGUUCCGCGGAGAAGACGGGAAGUGCGUGCGCAUCCCCUAUGCGGAGAAAGUGCCGGAGUUUGCGAAGGUGCGCUGCUGGCCCAGCGUGGAGAUCAACGGGCUCAUCCUGGUGUGGUUCCACUGCGACGGCGCCGAGCCUGCCUGGAACAUUCCGGAACAGGAGGAGAUCACGCGGGGCGAAUGGGUGUACCGCGGCCGCACCGAGCACUUCAUCAACGCCCACAUCGAGGAGAUCCCAGAGAACGCCGCGGACAUUGCCCACCUGGCGCACCUGCACACGCCAGGAAUUGUCAGUGGCGUGGAUCUUCGCUACACCAACAGCAAGACCUGGGAGUUCAUCCGCCACGACUGGAAGGUGGAGUGGGAGCCCGAGCCAGAGCCCAACAAGUACUGCUCCCGGAUGUUGGUGAAGCACGCCAUGACCGUGUUCGGCCGCCACUGGCCGCUGCUGGACGUGAACGUGGUGGCCAGACAGGUGGGCCCAGGCGUCGUCUUCCUGCUGUUCGACCACAGCUUCCUGGGUCGAGGGGUCAUCAUGCACUGCGUGACGCCAGUGGAGCCCCUGCUGCAGUGCGUCUCCCACACCAUUUUCUACCAGAGUAGCAUCCCGCCCCUGGUGCCCAAGUUCAUCCUACGAGCCGAGUGCAUCCAGUUUGAACGGGAUGUGAUGAUCUGGAACAACAAGAAGUACAUCUCCAAGCCCAUGCUGGUGAAGGAGGACUCGGCCAUCCAGAAGCACAGGCGAUGGUUCAGCCAGUUCUACAGCGAGAACAGCCCACGCCUGCGCUUCCAGUACGACACCCUGGACUUCUGACUGACCUCGCUCAUGGUGUUUCGGGUGGCAAGCGGUCUUUGAUUUCGGGGUUUUUUUAUGGUUGGAACCUGGGUGGGGGUUUCAGAGGGCUCUGGAGACACAGUGAAACCAGGAUACAUAGACAAAACCUCUCCAGUAAAAGCAACAAAGCAGCAUGUUCUUCGGUAUCACUUUCUUUCCCUGUACUGUCAGGCUAUGGAACCCAUGUUGUCUCCUAAUUUGUUUGGUAUUCCAGCUUCACAUGCACAUAGGUCCACUAGUCCCAAAUUAUCAUACCUUCUUUUUGCCAUCUGUUUUAACCUCAGCAUUUCACACAGGUGUCUCAGUAAGACCAUUUCAACAGCGGAGGGUCGGUUGGGAACCUUGACUGUUAAAGAAAUGGUGGUGGUGCCAUCCCAUGUAUUCACUGUGACCAUGGCUGAAAGAAACUACCCAGCAUCCCUUGAUCUAUCCUAGCAGGAAGAGGUGGGUUGCAACUAAAACCAGCAAAUGAGAGACCCACAAAGGACUACGUGACACUUGAGCUUUAGAUCAGUCGAGACGGUGUGAAGCAGGGGGCCCAAGCCGGGUCCUACAGAGGCCCUCACCCACUGCCUCUGGUGGAGUGGAUCCACGUGGUAAUUAGCCAUAAUUACAGAUAAUAAAGACUUUUUCGUGAUGACUAGGAUUAAAAGGUGGUGCUUGACCUUCUUGAGACCCUUGAAACCUUUUGGAAAUUAUAAUAGAUCUUUUCCGACAUUUGAGGAAUACAUUACAUGAAGAUCUCGCAAAGCGAGUUUAGCAGAGUCCCAGUUGCAGAUUUCUUUCUUGAAGAAUACCUGAAUUACUGUUAAUUCCGUUCUUCCAGAAACAGGUGUUCUAUGGUAAAGUAUGAGGAGCUUGAUUAGUCUCUCCCGGCCUGAUUUUGGGGACCCUGGAUCCGAUGCCUCGCUUCCUUUUUUAAGUGCCUCUGUGCUCACUGUCCAGGUGGGUUUAAAAGGGUGAGCAGAUUUGGGGGUCAGUUCUCUCUUAGCUUCUGAGAUGGUGUUCAGAUAAAGUUUGAGGACCAUCACUUCAUGAGGAAUGAUUGAGAAAGGAUGACGAUUAAAGCUGUGAUGGAGUGGCAUCCCAUCCAGGGUAUAUUUUAAAGUGAUAGGUGCCAGAUGAACACAACCCAGCAUGAGACUAGCAGCUGGAGGGAAUGAAUGAAUGAAUGAAUGAAUGAAUGAAUGAAUGAAUGAAAUUAUAGUGAUGACAUUGUAUUGCUAAUUUCACCCAUGUAUUCCGUUAGAUAAAUCACUGAAGAAAUUCAGGUUUACCACCUGUUCAAGGAUACAACAGUCAGGUUCUUUUUAGUACUUACAGUACCAAUAAAAAGUGUGAAUCAACUUGCUGAGGAUGUUUUUCUUGUGGCAUUUGAUGAACAAGUGUGAUGAGGAAAUGAGGCCCCAUGUCUUCCCAGCUCUUCUACAGCAGUUCCCAGAGAUAUAGAACAUGUAUGUGUUUCUUUGCCUUUACUCUUCUGUCUAAUUCCUCCCAUACAGAGAGUGCCCACGUUGCCCAGAGUUACUCACACUUUUCACUGAUACUUUAUUUUAAAAAGAAAGCCUAUAUUAGCAGUGCAGUCUCUCAAAGCCAUACAUAUUGGUAGUACAAGACAGACUCUCUCUAUUGUUAUUAUUUCAAAGUACUUUACGUUGACCGGAUUCUGACUCUCUAUACAUUAACUUCUCAUUAUUGCUUCAGGUAUGAUUAACUUUGUAGAACAACGCAACUCUUAUUAAGGUUUUGAUUUUA